AUGUUCGGGUAUUUUGGAGCGACCGCUGUGGGAGGUCGGGGAUGGGAAGGCCUGGCCUGGCCCGGCAACACUUCUGUGGGGGUGUCCGGCCACCCUCUCUGCCGGGCUGCCCGCCCGGGUCGUUCACGCCUCGCUUACCGCCCGAGAAGGUGCUUCAGAUGCAACAAAGUAGGAACAAUGUACACGGGUCCCCUGUUGGAGGAGGAAGCCCUGAAGAAAGCAGCAGAAAAUGGAUUGUCUUCACCAGAAUUUUUUGAGCUUUGCGUUUGGUUAGGUUCCCAAAUAAAGUCUCUUUGUAAUGUGGAAGAAAGCAUCACAUCGACAGAUGGUGAUAAAGAUGUAGAGAGCUUCCAGCUUGAGAUUAGUGGCUUUCUGAGGGAAAUGGCUUGUCCGUAUUCAUCACUUACAUCUGGAGACAUCAAGGACAGAUUAAGAGAUAAGGAAGAUUGUCUUAAACUCCUCUUAUUUCUAAGUACAGAACUUCAGGCUUUAAAGAUACUGCACAGCAAGAAAACUAAAGGCUCUCAUUUGGAAAAGCAUAAUGAAAUUUAUCAGGAAGUGCAAGCUAUUUGCAAUGCACUGGGUCUGCCAAACUCCUCGUCUUCCGAUAUUCCUCCUUUAUUAACCAGUGUGGAACAAAAG